UAAAUAAUGUCCAUGACAGAGAUAAUCUCUCUGUUUAUUUUAUUAUAAUCCACGCUAUAUAUUAUAAACAAAUAAAUACGCAAAUACACAUAGACCUACGUGCCUUUUGGAUCGUUUAUACGUGGGAAAUACAUCUGUUUUGCUUUACGGUUGUUGUAAACGUUUUAAAACUGUAUAAAUGAACCUAGUAUUAUCAUUAGACACAUUCAAAUAAGUGUAUCGCUCGUGUGCACACAGCCCGCUUACCUUAACAGACGACAGAAAUAAGGCGUGAGGAGCAAGUCUAUCAAAUGCCUGCAACUUCCAUCAUGGACACAGAACAACAUCCAAUUUUUUUUAUGUCACGAAGUACAGCGAAAAGUAGCCCAUACAGUCACGUCUGCUAUACAUAUUAUGGAGGAGUGUAAAUAUUGCAGUUAUGACAGAGUUAAAUGUGUUCAGAUGAAGAAAAAAACCCGACGAAAAAUCACUUGAUCACGUUCAAAUGACAGUUAAUAUGUAUGUAUUUUUACACAUUUAUUGACACGUUUGCAUUACUGAGAGCAGGACAGAGACAGGCUGGUAAGCUGUAUCCCCAUAUCUUUAAUUAAAAUAAAUGAUCAACAAAUUAAUCUUGACAGUCUUUACAAGUGAAGGCAUUAUCUACACACAAUAUGAAUUCCCAAUUAGAACUAUAAUAUACUAUUUAUGAAAAUACUUAAAUAACAAAGAAAUCCAAAUGCCCGAAACACAAGCGAGCAGCGCGCCAGACGAGUUCAGCUCGAUGACGUAUAAUGUCUCCGACACCGCCUGUAGUCCCAUUUAGCAACUUGAUAGCAACCGUCUUUUAAAAGAAGCAUAAUCGAUUUAAAAACUCAAGAGUAUGAUGUAACUGAUGUGUUUUAUGUCGUAGAAUUAAACGUGAAGGUAUAUUGAAGUUGUGUUUGCAAGAACCUUAUUUAAGCGAUUUAACUGAAAUCCCAUUGAAAAAAACUAUUGACUUUGGGACGAGGGAACCGGAACUGCUAAAAUGCUAACUCGCUUCCGGGUUUUUGCAUACAAAUUGACGUCAUAGUUCCUCCACUAACCUGACCUCCACUAACCAUAACCUGUCGAGCUGAAGCCACUGAAGUUGACAUUGCGAAAACACAAUGUAGAAGAUGAUAUUAAACUUGGGUUUAGGAAAAUGUUCCAGCUUCUAUUUUGUAUUUUAGCCAAAAGCGCUGCAUCUUUUAUUGUAAGUACACCAAAUAAUGCCGUGAUUGCAGUCAGGGGUCGUCCAGCUGUUCUGGGUUGUUAUUUCACGCCAGACCCUGAUCUAUCAAGUCUAUCUAUUGUGUGGCAAAGAAUGGAGGAUUCGAGGCUGGUGCACGUUUUCUUUGAUAAAGAAAACCAGCAGGAACAACAAAGUGCAGAGUACCACAGCCGGACCUCACUGUAUAUUUCAGAGCUUAGUAAAGGGAAUGCCUCUCUCAGGAUAGAUGGAGUUGGACUAAAGGAUGAGGGUUGGUACGUGUGUAAAGUGAGAAACAAGAAAGAAGCAGGAAAAGUCAAAAUAAAACUGGACUAUGGAGCCUUUUAUUCAGAGCCCAGAUUGAGGAUCCAUGCAAACUCCACCUCAGUGAUGGUGCAGUUUGAGACAGAGGGUUUCCCCAAACCUGAGGUGAUCUGGCUGGACGAACACAACCAGAGCCUCAGUCAUCACCUGGAGCUCCUUGACCACACAGAAGAUGGGCUUUAUUUAGUAAAGAGCAGCUAUGAGGCCCAGACGCCAGCAGUGAACGUCACAUUUAUACUGAAAAACCACCUCCUGAACCAGAAGCUGCAGAAAUCAGUGAUCUACAGUAAAGACAUUAUCUCAAUCUUUACAUUUCUUUAGAUUUUCAUCAUAGAUUUUGAUUUAUGCUUGUGAAGUGUAAAUGUAUGUUACCAUAUCCAGGUCCAAAUACUUCAAAACAGAAAACACCUUGUAUUAUAAGUAGAAACAGGUUACAUUUUGUACAUUCCUUAACCAUAUUUCACUCUUAAAAUUGAAAUUAAUUAUUGGCCAGCAUUAACAGGUCUAGGAAGAACAUUUUAAGAUCCGUAGCAUCAUUUUAUUCCACUAAAAUGAUCUUUAUAUAGCUGAAAUGCACUUUAUAUAGCGGACAAACAAUUCUUUUACCAAAAA